GAUUGGACUUGUUUCUCAGGAAGUGAGGAGGGCCAAGAUGGUGAGUGAGGAGCUGCUGCUUCGUCUCAACGACAGUGAGUAUAAGAACUGGCUGAAGGCAGGACGGUGUCUGCUCAUACUGAAGAGUGGCCUCCAUCCCUUCACCAGCCAGCACAUGAGAUGUUUCCACAAGGAUCUGCUCACCCACAGCCCGCUGCUCGGGAGGCCGUGUGAGACCAAUGCCUGCAGGGGGAACAAGCUCUCCUGGGCAUGUAGGGCGUGUAGCGAGUGGAAGACGGCGAUCCUGGCACACCAGAGACAGCCGAACAGGACCGUGCACUGGGAGAACUGUUCCCCUCCCUCCUGGAGAACAGACUUCUGGGAAGUGGCCAAGGCCUACAUGCCAGGAGGUCAGGGGAAAGUGAAGGGGGCAGAUCAGUGCGAUGCCUCUGCUCUGCUCAACCUCAUCAACUCCUGUGACUGUUUCCAGACUGUGGAUCCAAAAUUUGUGAGAGAGGUGAUCCAAUACAGGAACGAGUUAAUGCAUUCUUGUGAGUUGCGUAUCAAGGAUGAAUGGAUAAGACGCUACCAGAAGACUCUGAAACACUUUGUGCGGCAGUUCAGCCACGUACCACAGAUGGCAAAAGUUGGACAAGAAAUAGAUGAGAUGCUGACUGUCGAUUUGUCCCUAUCUGUCUCUGGUUUGGACCAACUGGACUCUGUUGACUCGGACGGUCUAGUGUGUGAUUCGGAGGCCACCGUCGACUUAAUCAGCCAAUGGGAAGCUGAGUUGCUCCAGGAGAAGCUGCAGGAGUUACUGCAUACUGACAAUGAAGAUGCUGACACACGGGAUACUGAGCAGCUGAAGAUGCUUGGUGGUUUCCUGCAGGCCAACAGAGAUUUGGGGGAAAGGUUUUCUGCAGAGCUUCAGGCCAUCGACUCACUACAGGCCAGAAAAUAAGAAGGACCAGAAAAGAUGAACGAGGAGCAAAUUGAACCCUUUUUUUUAAUUUCAUUUGAAUUUAAGUUGAAGAUUUGUCACAGUAUAUGAACAUGUAUAUAAUAUUUUAUAAAAAAUGUUAAUGACUAGUGUUUACUCAAAAAAGAAGUGAUAAAAACUGAAAC